CAUAUUAACCCGGCGAACCCGGACAGCAUCUCACACUUACCGGGUCGAGCCGAUAACUUGAGAAGAAAUAGACCAGAUAAGAAAAAAGAGAAGAAACAAAUUUAUUGUCAGGAAUUUGUCAGAAUUCAGCAAGAAGUUCGUGAGAGGCAUCUGAAGGCAUUUACUCGGUCUCCAUCUGAAGUUACAUCAUACUUGUAGAAGCUGUAUUUAUUUAUUUAUUUAUACUUUUUAUUGUUCAAUUUAUUUAACUUACAAAUCGACUUCUUUGGAAAACCGAGGGAAAAGAGGCGAAGUUUCAGCUGAGUUAACUUACGUCGAAACGUCAUCGAACAUUUGACAAGACGUUAUGGAGGGCGAAAAGCAACUGACCUGGCCGCUGAUGCUGGCUGUAGGGACUGCUGUGAUUGGCUCUCUUCAGUUCGGCUACAACACUGGUGUAAUCAAUGCCCCGCAAAAUAUCAUUGAGGCCUUCUACAAUAAGACAUGGAAUGAUCGAUAUGGAGAGGUCAUCACUAAAACAACCAUGACUACCCUGUGGUCUCUGUCUGUGGCCAUCUUCUCUGUGGGCGGCAUUGUUGGAUCCUUCUCCGUUGGGCUGUUUGUCAACCGUUUUGGAAGGAGAAACUCCAUGCUCAUGGCUAAUGUCCUGGCUUUCAUCGCUGCAGCACUCAUGGGCUUCUCUAAGAUGGGUGCAUCCUGGGAGAUGCUUAUUACUGGACGGUUCGUGGUGGGCCUUUACUCUGGUCUGUCCACAGGUUUUGUGCCCAUGUACGUGGGUGAGGUGGCUCCCACAGCUCUCAGAGGAGCUCUUGGCACCCUUCAUCAGCUGGGCAUCGUUAUUGGCAUCCUCAUGGCACAGAUCUUUGGUAUGGACGUUAUUAUGGGUAACGAAAACACGUGGCCGUUGCUCCUGGGCUUUACCUUCAUCCCUGCCCUGCUGCAGUGCUGUUUACUGCCCUUCUGCCCCGAGAGCCCUCGAUUUCUCCUCAUCAUCCGCAAUGAGGAAAACAAAGCCAAAUCAGUGCUUAAAAAGCUGCGCGGGACGACAGAUGUGGCCGCAGACAUGCAGGAGAUGAAGGAGGAGAGCAGAAAGAUGAUGAGAGAGAAGAAAGUCACCAUUCCUGAACUGUUCCGCUCUACGCUCUACCGACAGCCCAUCGCUAUAGCCAUCAUGCUGCAGCUGUCCCAGCAGCUGUCUGGUAUCAAUGCUGUAUUCUACUACUCUACAAAGAUCUUUGAGAAGGCAGGUGUGAAACAGCCGGUUUAUGCCACUAUCGGAGCUGGAGUCGUCAACACAGCUUUCACUGUAGUGUCGCUGUUUGUGGUCGAGCGAGCGGGCCGCAGGUCCCUGCACCUCUUGGGACUCCUGGGAAUGGCUGGAUCUGCUGUAUUGAUGACCAUUGCUCUUGCCUUGCUGGAGAAAUAUGACUGGAUGUCCUACAUAAGCAUCAUAGCUAUCUUUGGGUUUGUGGCCUUCUUUGAGAUUGGACCCGGCCCCAUCCCAUGGUUCAUUGUGGCUGAACUGUUCAGUCAAGGCCCAAGACCCUCGGCUUUUGCUGUAGCUGGAUUCUCCAACUGGACCGCAAACUUUAUUGUGGGCAUGUGCUUUCAGUAUGUCGAGGAGCUCUGUGGGCCGUACGUGUUUAUCAUCUUCACCAUAUUUUUACUUGGCUUCUUCGUCUUCACCUACUUCAAAGUCCCAGAAACCAAGGGCCGGACAUUCGAUGAAAUCUCCGCUGGUUUCCAACAGACAGCGUCAGCGGCUGAGAAGCACUCGCCCGAAGAGCUCAACAGCCUGGGGGCGGACUCUCAACUUUAAACCUCUCCUCUGACCCCGCUUUCUUCAUCUGUUCACACUUCUGCACGUACCUACUGAGGAAAAGGGGUCACCAGGCUAUCUAUCAAACAUUUCCCCUCUUCCUAUGGCUGCACUCACCUCUUAGUCCCCCCGAAACUCCCAGAUGAACACGAGACAUGGGGUUUGAAAGGCAGGGUGUAGGAGUAGUUAUCAUAUUCCUUUUAUCAGAAAGAUGAUUGUUUUAAGACCUGUUCGAGUUGUCAUAUUUGCAUUGGAGUCUUUUGGCUAGUUUGACCAGGUUUUAUGUUUUUUAAAUCUAUUCUAACUGUUACUUCUGCUGUGCUAUAAGAGAGUGAAAACUCGACUGAGGUCACCUGGUCAUUCCUGACCUAACCUCUACACUGUUGACGUCAGAAAUCGACAGGUCGAAUGUGACUUCUGUACGGCAACUGACAAUUCAAUACUGUAUUCCAGGUAACUGUAUCUCUAUUAUGAAAGUUUUGUAGCUUUCGAGUUAUCAUCAUUAGCUUAGCUGUGUUUAGAAGUUGAAACAAUUUAACAUGCAUAAAAAUGAAAAAAAUUAAAUAAUAGGAUUAAAUAAAAAAAUAUGUAUAAAUGCUAUAUACAUAUAUAUAUAGCAAUUUUAUAUAUAAAAUGAUAUAUAAUUUUUUUAUUUAAUCCUGGAAAUAAACAUAACCAAUAUUUUAGGGUUCACUUUUAGUUAAAUUUUAUCUAUGAUUUUACCCAUUGAAACACAACAUGUGACAUCAUAUAUGUAAAGUUGAUGUUAAAACUCUCCUGCAUAGCAAGUUUUUUUUUUUUUUUUUUUUUUUACACAUUACAGGGUAUUUUUUCCCUAUAUUCAUAUAAUUAUUUCUUCUAUUCUUGCUUUUAAGAUGCAUAACAUCUUUUAAAUGUAUUUAUAUUUUUAUAACAAAUUCACUUGGUUUCUCCAGGAAUGCAGAUAUAAUCACACCAGGAGGAGAGAACUAGAACAUUUCUUAAAUUGUUUUAUUAUGUUACAUGCCACCAAAUAUCACGCCUACCCAACUUUUUAAUAUAGGGUUGGUCACUUUGCACAAUGAGAUUUACUCUUUACUGAAAGUAUUAGCAUCAGUGCAAGCAAAUGUUGAUCAUAAAAUACAGCAUAUACUCCCAUAAAUACUGCCAUAUCUCACAUUCAUAAUGUCCCAGUUCAGUCACACGGCGGUAAACGUUUAGAUGGCAGUAGUUUAAAAUGCGUUUUGCACAGUCGAGACACCCUCCAGCUAAGGGAGAAUUGUCAAGUUGGGAAACACGGAGAGAGACCGAGACCAAAAUGCACUGUGACUCGUGGCAUGAUUAGAGUGCACUGACAGCCUUCCUGUGCUCACUGAGCUGGGAAUCACACCAUUGAUGAUGCUGUGUAGUACAAACUGUGUCUGUUUAACAUGUUUGAAAACACAGUAUGCCUGGCUCCAAUGUGCCUUGUCAUUUUUUUAGACUUCUAGUUUUACUUUUUUUCUUUAAACCUAGGAUGUUCACCCUUGAUAAUUCAUCCAUAAGUAUUUGUGAUUUUUACGCACAUCAAAUUAAUGAAUUUUUCACUUCGAAUUUGCGUGACCAUAUAUCUGCUGUUAAAUAUUGUUCCUGUUUUUAAACACUCCAGAAUAUGCCUGAUUCUGCCUUUUACUAUGUAAAUUUAAAUUUUAGUUUUUGCUUGUAUGGGAAAAACCUACAUGGGUAAUAAAUCAUCUAUAUUUGUGUCUUCUUAGACAUGUCAAAUUCAUGUAAAUGAGGUUUUUUGGCUGAGUGGAGUUUGAGUGUAUGCAUGUGAUAUUUGGCCAGUUGGUCAAAUGAAUUUCUUUGUGUUUUAACACCAGCAUCCAGAAAAUAUAUUCACCCUCACAGCAUUCCAUAUGGGAACAUCUUGUGUGACUGUUUUUGACAUUUUGCACACGAGUGUUUGUCUUUUGCAUGUUCACAUGAACUCUCAGAAUGAGCGUCCCACUGAAAUCAUUGACGUGUGUUGUUUUGAAUAUUCAAGGAAACACAUAUAUAGAUAUUAAGCCUAUGGAAUCUUUGGUGAUUUCCAGCUGUAACUGUAAAUAAUGAAUGUAAAAUAGAGUUGGUUUAUUUUAUGUUUAAGACCUUGUAGUUUUAAUAGCUGUACAUGUAACAUUUUCAUUUGUCAUUUUCUUCUGUUUUUAUGAAGUAGAAUAUAUUUCUUUUCUUUGAUGCACUAUCAUGGUAGUCAGUACUGUAAGUCAUUGUUAACAUCUUCCCGUUUUUUUUUUUUUACCACACUGUAUUUAUUAGAUCCACUUUAUUUAUUUAGUUUCGUUGCUUUCAGUUUUACUUCUGUUUUGGAAAUAAAAUUGUUAUAAAAAAGCA